UCAGGUGGGACUUGACAAUGAAAGCACAUAACAGUGUGUGACAGUGUAAUCUCUUUCAAACUUAUAUAUGACUUGGGCUAGUGGUAGGCCCUUUAAAGGUCAUAAGCUUUACAUGCAUUAUAUUUCAGCUGAUUUUAUGUGUAUGAAUGAUAUAUUUAUAUAGAUAUUUGUACUGAUCUAUUUUAUGCAAACUGUGUUGUAUUAAGACUGUAAUGUAAAACCUACCACAUGAUCACUAGUAUGUGCAAGAAGUCAGCUGAUGUCUGUGACCUUGUUUCUCUGAAUAAAGCAUUUGUCAAUAAGAUGUGACGGAGUUUGGUUUGUCUUUUAGAUGGCCAAGUCUAUUUUUACUUGCAUACCUUGCUAAACAACUGGGGGCAAUUUUGAACUUGCCCUUCUCCGCAGGCUGGUGAAAUCCAUACCAUCUUGUCAACCAAUAAAAACUAAUUUACUCUCGAAGGAGUAUUGAGACCAGUGUGAAAUGUGAUGUCGGAGCGAAGCACUUUUUAGAACCACCAGAAAAGAAUACAACUAUGUUGUAGAAAUUCCUCCAAUAAUCUCUGAAGUAUCAUUUGAGCAUUGUAAUUGAUAUCUUCCAUGAACAUUUAAAAAAAUGCAUUAUUGUGUAUGGUUUUUUCAGAUUAAAAGUCUGCUUUCCUCCCGUUUCAGGCUGGACAAGCAAUGACCAGGCCAUACGCUGCGUAUGACGAACUCUUUAAAGUCGUUGUAAUCGGAAUGAAUGGAGUGGGGAAAACAUCUCUGAUACAUCGUUUUGUUGUGAGCAUCUUCCACCAAGAUUAUAAAAACAUUUUUAGGAUCGAAUGGAAUUGAAAUUGAUUUCUUGAUAGAAUGUCAACUUUUAGUUUCUAUUUCUUAAUUUCUCACUACAGAACAUGGGGAUUGAUUACAAUCAGCAACCAAUUAUUUGUCAUAUUUGCCACUUAUUUAAAAAAUUUGUUUCAGCAUGACACCUUCCAAACUGGGUAUUUAGCAACAAUUGGAGUUGACUUUUACAUCAAAUUGGUAGACUUAGAUGACAGGGUCAUAAAAAUGCAGAUAUGGGAUACAUAUGGUGGAGAGAGAUUCACGAUGCAUGUCGUCACGAUAUCGUUUUUCAGAGGGUGCAAAGGUAUCAUAUUGGUAUAUGACAUCACAAGUCAGAAAUCCUUUGAUAAUGUUUGUCGUUGGGAUGCCAGCCGUUUCUCUGCUGAAGACAUACCCAAACUUCUCAUUGGUAACAAGAGUGACCUGGGGGCUGCGAGGGAGGUGGCAUUUACGACAGGAAAGAGCUUUGCUGAUGAGUUGGGCAUCCCAUUUUUCGAAACGAGUGCAAUGGAUUCAACGAACGUAGAGCAAGCAUUUGUGACUGUGGUGGCAGAUAGUAUUGAUAGACUUAAAGAUGAAACAAGGCCACAUAUAAAUGAAAUCGUGCUACGUGAGAAGAUGAAUAAGUCAAAACCACCUAAAACGAGUUGCUGGACAAGUUGCUGGAGAAGUUGAUGGAUUGGAUCAGGUGGGACUUGACAAUAAAGCACAUAACAGUGUAUGACAGUGGAAUCUCUUUCAAACUUGUGUAUGACUCGGGCUAGGGUAGGCCCUUUAAAGGUCAUAAGCUUUACAUGCAUUAUAUUUCAGCUGAUUUUAUGUGUAUGAAUGAUAUAUUUAUAUAGAUAUUUGUACUGAUCUAUUUUAUGCAAACUGUGUUGUAUUGUCUCAUAUAAAAUUAAUGUUUUUAAUCUUCCUCAGUUCUGAGGGGUUAAUGAAUCACAAUACAGUGUUCGAAAAGGUCAAAUACUCUUCAAAAAUGUCUGUGACCAUGUUUUUCUGAAUAAAGCAUUUGUCAAUAAGAUGUGAAGGAGUUUGGUUUGUCUUUUAGAUGGCCAAGUCUAUUUUUACUUGCAUACCUUGCUAAACAACUGGGGACAAUUUUGAACUUGCCCUUCUCCACAAGCAACUGUGGAAUCCGUACUAUUUUGUCAACCAAUAAAAACUAAUUUACUCUCGAAGGAGUAUUGAGACCAGGGUGAAAUUUGAUGUCGUAGCGAAGCACUUUUUAGAACCCCCCAGAAAAGAAUACAACUAUGCUGUAGAAAUUCCUCCAAUAAUCUCUGAAGUAUCAUUUGAGCAUUGUGAAUUUAUGGUAUGGUCAUUUCAGCCCAUGGCCAUUUUGACCAAUGACCCUUUCCCCGCUUGCAUGCAACAGCCCUCGCUCAUUUCGCCCAUCAAAUUGGUGAAAGAGCAUGAGACCUGCAGUCCUGAUCUAGGAAAUCUGGAGAUUGUUCAACAAUCACACAACAAAAUCACAGUUCAACGCUAGGAGCUUACUUAAAAAUUCAAGGCAGGCUAUCCAGUAAACCAAGAAAUAAAAAGUGGCUGUGGUCCUGGGAAACGAGCAAAUUCUAGUUUACAUGUCAAUUUGAUAAUG